AUGAUAUGGGGUCAGAAAUGGCUUCCUUCUCCUAUUUCUCAUUGUGUCCAAUCUCCUGUACAAGUCUUAACAGCAGAUGCAAGGGUGGCUGAAUUAAUUGAUGAGGAGAGAAAGGAAUGGAAAGUGGAUUUGAUUGCUAGGGUUUUUAACAAGGAAGAAGCAGACAUGAUUUGUGCCAUACCCAUUAGCUGUUUUGGGGCAGCUGAUAGGAGGUUUUGGGGCUUCUCAAAGACAGGUAAGAUCACUGUAAAAAGUGCGUACCAUGCUGAUGUCCAAUGGAAGAUAGAAAGGAAAGGGUGUUCCUCUAAAGGGAAUAGGUAUGCUGAUCAGUGGAAGAAGGUGUGGUCUAUGGAGGUGCCUGGGGGCUAUAAGCACUUUGUCUGGAAUGCUUUGAAUAAUGCCUUACCCACAAGAAUUAAUCUGUUCAAAAGGAAGGUGAUUGAGGAUUCCAUAUGUCCGGUUUGUAAAAGAGAAGAGGAGGAUGUUAAGCAUGCAUUGUGGUGCUGUCCUGCGGCUGCUGAUGUGUGGGCUGAAGCGGAAAGCCUGGUGAGGAAGUGGAGGAAUCAAGUGCAAGAUUUCACUAGUUUGUGGAUGGAGUUGAUUAAAAGGCUUUCAAAGGGUUGUCUGGAAAGAGUUGUUGCUAUCAUGAGGGGUAUUUGGGGGAGGAGGAAUGCUUUUCUUUUUGAAAAUAAGUUUGGUAGUACUGGUAAAGUGGUGAGAUUGGCUUUGGUGUGCUUAGAGGAGUAUCAGUAG